AUGAACUCAAACCACCACAGUGGAAACACGGCGUAUCCUUUCAAGGUAAAUCGCGAAAUGUAUCGUGAACAGCGCCAACGCCUCGGCUCUUCCCUGCGAGCAAGCAUGGACUCCACACAUGCGGCCUUUCUUCAAGGAGCCUCAGAGGUGCCGAUAAACUCAACAGAUGUGAAUCAUCUCUUCUGGCAGGAGAGUUAUUUCGCAUAUCUCUUCGGUUGUGAUAUUCCCGACAGCUUCGGUGCUGUUCUCAGUGAUGGAACGGGGCUUCUCUUUAUUCCCCGCUAUCCCCUAUCGUACGCGGUGUGGAUGGGCGAGUUGCCCACACCAGCGAAUGUAAAGGCCGCCACGGAGGUGGAAGAAGUCUAUUACACAGAUGAGAUUGAGAGUGUACUCACGGCGAAGGGUAUACACACCGUUGAGGUAUUGGAUGGUGUCAACACAGACAGUAAUCUUAAGGUGUUGACCGCACAGCUUCCAGCUGGAUCAAAGAUAGAAGUUUCUACCAAAUGGUUGUUUAAAACAUUAACGCAUCAACGUUGCUACAAGACAAAACUUGAAGUGGAACUUCUUCGUUAUGUUUGUAAGGUGUCUAGUGAUGCUCAUAUUCACGUGAUGCAGCAUUGCAAACCUGGUAUGUCCCAACAUCAAUUAGAGUCUAACUUUUUACAUUAUGUCUAUUAUCAUGGUGGAUGUCGAAAGGUGGCUUACACGUGUAUUUGUGGUACUGGUCACCAUGGUGCUAUUCUUCACUAUCCAAACAAUGAUGCCCCUGUUGAGGAUGGAACGAUGGCACUUUUGGAUAUGGGAGGACACUACGCCGGUUAUGCAAGUGAUAUCACCUGUUCUUUCCCGGUAAAUGGUAAGUUUACAGAAGAACAACGAAUUAUUUAUAAUGCCGUAUUGGAUGCACAUAAUGCUGUAUUGAAACAGUUGAAACCUGGUGUAAACUGGGUGGAUAUGCAUAAAUUGGCUCUUCGUAUAAUGUGUGAACACCUUGUAAAGGCGGAUAUCCUCCGUGGUGAUGUGGAUACUAUGAUGAAAAAAGAACUGAUGGGUCUUUUCCAACCACAUGGUCUCGGUCAUCUUCUUGGUAUGGAUGUACAUGAUGUGGGUGGAUAUACAGAUGAAGCCCCACCACGACCUACUUCAAGUGAUUGCUGUAAAUUACGUAUGGCCCGUGUAUUGGAAAAGGGACUUUACCUCACUGUGGAGCCUGGAUGUUAUAUUAAUCACGCCCUUCUCACAGAGGCAUUUAGAAAUCCAGAGUUUAAGCCUCAUCUGAAUGAAGAGAAACUGCGCAGUAUGUGGAACUUUGGUGGAGUAAGAAUUGAGAGUGAUGUACUCAUUACUGAAAGAGGAGCAAUGAACAUGACAGUGGUCCCUCGUACAGUAGAGGAGAUUGAGAAGACAAUGGCGGGUGCUCCCUUCAAGGGGGAAGUGACUGAACUCGUGCAUUAA